ACUUCGUCGCCGCCAUUUUUCUUGUUGUGGUGUGCGCUGCAGGGAGUUCUGCCUUCGUAGCUCUAGACAAAUCUGUUUAUUUCAGAAUUUCACUUCUGUUUUUGUUAUUUGUGGAUUACACUUACUUAUAAGCGAGUGUCGAGAGCAAAGAAAGCAACAUGGCGCAGUACAAAGGAGCUGCCAGUGAGGCUGGGAGAGCCAUGCAGCUGAUGAAAAAACGAGAAAAAGAAAGAGAACAGCUCGAACAGCUGAAGCAGAAGAUUGCAGAGGACAACAUGGUCAAGUCCAACAUUGAUAAGAAAUUCUCAGCUCACUAUGAUGCUGUAGAGGCAGAGCUGAAGUCCAGCACAGUUGGUUUGGUGACACUGAAUGAUAUGAAGGCCAAGCAGGAGGCGCUGGUGAAGGAGAGAGAGAAACAGCUGGCCAAGAAGGAACAGUCCAAGGAGCUCAUGCUCAAGCUAGAGAAGCAGAAAGAGAAGAAGAGAAAGGAGGAACAGAAGAGGAAAAUAGCCAGUUUGUCAUUUAAUCCAGAGGACGAAGGAGAAGAGGAGGAGGAGGAGGAAAACGAGGAGGAAGAGCAGGAUUACUCUCCGGUUCGGAAGAAGAAACUGGGGAAAAACCCAGAUGUGGACACAAGUUUCCUUCCUGAUCGAGACAGAGAGGAGGAGGAGAAUCGUCUCCGAGAGGAACUCCGGCAGGAGUGGGAGCUCAAACAGGAGAAGAUUAAGAGCGAGGAGAUAGAGAUCACUUUCAGCUACUGGGAUGGCUCCGGACAUCGUAAGACUGUGAAGAUGAAGAAGGGAAAUACCAUCCAGAACUUUCUGCAGAGGGCUCUGGAGGUCCUCAGAAAGGACUUCAGUGAGCUCAGGUCUGCUGGAGUAGAGCAGCUAAUGUACAUCAAAGAGGAUCUUAUAAUCCCACACCACCACAGUUUCUACGACUUCAUCGUGACCAAAGCCAGAGGCAAAUCUGGUCCUCUCUUCAGCUUCGACGUCCACGACGAUAUUCGACUGGUGAACGACGCCACCGUUGAGAAAGAUGAGUCUCAUGCAGGUAAAGUGGUGCUGCGGAGCUGGUACGAGAAGAACAAGCACAUCUUCCCUGCGAGUCGCUGGGAGCCGUACGACCCCGAGAAGAAAUGGGACAAAUAUACGAUCCGGUGAAACGGGAAGUCUCCUCCAGUCUCUGGAACUCGUCAUGCAAACUUUUUUUAAUUGUUAUUUUACUCCUAUUGUUACAUAUUUCAUCAAGAUUUGAUGAUCUCGAUUCAUCAUUUGACUUGGUAUUUGAAAUACUAGAUUUGUUUUCUAAAUGUAUUUGAAUUACCAAUGCAAUGUUUCCUGUGAAAACAACCCUCACAUUCAUGUGUGUAUAGCUCAUAAACCUGUUGUAGCUCAAUAAACUGAACCUGGCUAUGA